AUGGCAGACGUGGACAAUCGGCGUGACUAUCGCGGCCCCGGCGGCGGCGGCGGACAUGGCGGAGGGCGAGGCUUCAACAAACGCAAGCGAUUUCGAGAGGACGACGACUAUGACCAAGGGGGACGUAAUCAGCGAUAUCAACGUGAAGCUCCGCCAGGCACGCGCAUCCGAAAAGGACUGCUCGAGAUCGCCGAAGACCAUGGCCGACUGGCGCACGAAGUCGCAGCGAACCUCGCCAAGCUUACUGCCGAAAACUACGACGACGAGUAUGUGCAGGAGCUGUUUUCGACUGUCACGCUGAAAAUGGUGCUCGAGCAGCCAUUCAAGAUUCCGUUCGUGGCGGCAGUGGUUCUCUAUGCAAACACAGAGAAAUCAGCCAUCGCGCAGGACGUUCUUCUAAAGAUUGGGAAUCAGUUGCAAUCAGCACUCGAGGCAGGACAGCUGCGAGACGUGAAAUUGCUGCUCAGAUUUCUGUCUUGCCUGGGUCCUCUCUUCGAGGAAGAUGGAGUGAUGCCGAUCCUGGAUACGCUCUUCGAACGCGCAGCUGAUCUGCAGACUGCAUCGCAGGACGAUGCUUUAGGCAUUGAGCUCGUCAAGAUCAUUCUACUCACCAUACCGUACUUGAUGGUCGCAUCCUCCGAUGCAUCCCUGCCGCAAAAGGUUGCGCAGCUGCUCGAAAGUACUGGCAUCAUAGCCACGCAGUCGCACACUCUGGAGGCGCUUGUCGAUCCAUAUCCAGCGCCGGAAGGCGAGGAGAAGGCAAUGCAGUGUCCAAGUGUCGUCUCUCUGCUGCAAAAUCAGCUGAUCGAAGAGGCCAACAACGGCUGGACGCUUGCCUGCAUCCCACGAGUUUUCGACCCAAAUCACAAGCCAACAGCGGUCAAGACAGAGAACGGUGAAACGAACGGCGACGCGAAUGGUGACGUAGAAACCGAAGAGCCGACAAAGCACUCUUUUCCACCGCUCACCGUACCUUCCACCAUCAAUGCAGGAAGCAAACCUCUGCUUCCAGAGGUGUACUUCUCGCUUUUCGCUGACCAGGAAAUUGAAUCUGUCCCAUCGACAAACAACGUAGCAUCCUCGCUCUUACGCGACGCCGUCACUGACACAAUCAACAUCCUCGACUUCAAUCGCAAUGUUGUGGCCAAGUAUCUCAACGAGAUCGACUGCUUCUGGGCACCAGACACUUUCGUUAAGCGCUCAACAACUUUCGAUAAAUUGCGCGACCUUCCUGAGGGUAAACCUAAAUGGAAGCCCGAAGAUGUCGCAAUCGAUGCGAUCUUCUCCCAGAUCUUCCAGCUACCUACCUCGGAGCACCGCGUGGUCUACUACCACUCUUUAAUCACCGAAUCCUGCAAAAUUUCGCCUGGAGCUAUAGCACCCACACUGGGACGCGCCAUCCGUUUCCUGUUUCGCAACCUUGAGCAUAUGGACAUGGAGCUGUCAUACCGAUUCAUGGACUGGUUUGCACAUCAUCUGAGCAAUUUUGAAUUUCGGUGGAAGUGGUCAGAGUGGAUACCGGAAGUAGAUCUCUCAGAUCUUCACCCAAAGAAGGCAUUCAUUAAAGGUGUGCUGGACAAGGAGAUACGCCUGUCGUUCGCAAAGCGUAUUCGCGCUACACUGCCCGAGCCCUACCACAAGUUGAUCCCAGCCAGCAAAGAGAAGGACAUCCCCGACUUCAAGUUCGCUAACGACCAGACUCCAUACGCGAAGGAAGGCCGCGAAGUCCUUACUCUUCUCAAGAAAAAGGCUCCCGAGGAUGAGAUUCAGAAAGUCCUUGAUUCCGUCCACGAACAAGCCACGGCUCUCGGACAUGCCGACCCACUGGCACCGUCCACGGACAUCUACAUGACAUCAAUCCUCAGUAUUGGAUCCAAGAGCUUAUCCCAUGUCCUCAGUACUAUCGACCGCUGCAAGGAUCGUCUUCUCAGCGUCGGCCAGCGCUCCGAGCUCGCCAGACGGCAGAUCAUUGAAUCAGUCGUCCAGUUCUGGUCGGACCAUCCAGGCACCGCGAUCAAUAUCGUCGAUAAGCUUCUCAACUACACCAUCGUGACUCCCAUGUCCGUCAUUCAAUGGGCGCUGCAAGACCGCAUGGAUAGUGGCCGAGCGCUCGCCAGCAGCCAAGUCUACGAGAUGGUAUCCAUUACCAUGUUCAAGGUCACGAAUCGUGUUCGCCAGGUCUUACGGGAACGGAAUAACUUGUCCUUGCCGUAUGAGAGCCGCCAGCAGAUUGAUGAGGCUCUCCCCAACGAGCGACAAGCUAUGCGCGACCUCUUUGCCGCUAUCGAAGAUGCUGUCGCCGCCGUUGCGAAUGGUUCCCAGGACGGGAUGAUCGAGAGAUUCAACGGGGCCAUUGCCGAACGCGAUCUUAUCGUGCUUUGGGGUAAGCGCUGGGAGAGAGUGUGGCAGAGAAAGGCAGCGGUCGAAGAGGCAGUCGUCGGCGAGGCAGUUGUGGGUCCAUUAGAGGAGCCACCUGCGCCUGAAGUGCAGAUGCAGCAGGAUGUUGUAGAUGAUUUCGAUCAGAUCGAGUAA